GGAAAUUAUCUCUGGCGAUCUAAAUAGGAGGGAAUGUUGACAAGGGAGCACCGCUAGGGCUGAACAGAGGAGCAGGAACUAGAGCUCAGGCUGAGUCCGAAAACUGUUGGCUCGACUUUGGCUCGCGGAAGGUUGGAAGUGGGAGAUGGAGAUGCCAGAUGAACCCGCCAAUAGUGGGAAUUCACUACCCCCGGUUUAUAUUUACAGUCCUGAGUAUGUCAGCAUCUGCGACUCCCUUGUGAAGGUCCCCAAACGGGCCAGUAUGGUUCACUCUCUGAUUGAAGCAUAUGCCUUGCAUAAACAAAUGAGGAUAGUGAAACCCAAAGUGGCCUCCAUGGAGGAGAUGGCCACCUUCCACACGGAUGCCUAUCUGCAACAUCUCCAGAAGGUCAGCCAAGAAGGUGAUGAGGACCAUCCAGACUCCAUAGAAUAUGGACUAGGUUAUGACUGCCCAGCCACAGAAGGCAUAUUUGACUAUGCAGCAGCUAUAGGAGGAGGUACAAUCACAGCUGCCCAGUGCCUGAUUGAUGGGAAGUGUAAAGUAGCAAUUAACUGGUCUGGAGGGUGGCAUCAUGCAAAGAAAGAUGAAGCAUCUGGUUUCUGUUAUCUCAAUGAUGCUGUCCUGGGAAUAUUACGAUUGCGACGGAAAUUUGACCGUAUUCUCUAUGUGGAUUUGGAUCUACACCAUGGAGAUGGUGUAGAAGAUGCCUUCAGUUUUACAUCUAAAGUUAUGACUGUGUCCCUCCACAAGUUCUCCCCAGGAUUUUUUCCAGGAACAGGUGACAUGUGUGAUGUUGGCCUAGGGAAAGGACGGUACUACAGUGUCAAUGUGCCCAUUCAGGAUGGCAUACAGGAUGAGAAGUACUAUCACAUCUGUGAAAGAGCCUGUUUCACCAGAACUCCCUGAAGACUCAUUUUCCCUACAGCUCUAAUGAAGACAACUGUUCCAGAAACACCUCCCUUCCUUUCCUUCCUCUCUCCUAAUUACCAGUCAUGAACAUUAUAGGUAUCUUCUUUUCUUGGGUAUCCCUUCAUGUUGCUCUAUUAAUUUUGUCAUGGGAGUUCCUCUCAAGUCCCUGUCUUUCUUGUGUCAGUGGCCUGUAGAUGGUUAUCCCUGAUCAGCCUUCAGUAUAUUCUACAGGAGAGUUCACUUAUCUCUUAAGAUGAGAAUUUAAUUGUGUCCCCAACACAAACAGCAAACACAUUGAACAUGUACAUGCACACAUAUAAUGUUUAAGAUAUUUCACACACUUUACAUACAAACCCAAACUCAUUGAUUUCUGUCUUUAUACAUGUCCGCUUGCUGUUUCUGGCUUGCAUGUCACAUGCACUUCCUUCUCCGAACCUCCUCUGCUUCAACUCCCCUAACUUUACUGCACAAACUUUCAACUAUCUAUUUUUCUGCUCUGCUUUUUGUUUUGUUCUGUUUGAACAUUUCUAGGGAUCAAAUUCAGGUCUUAUGCCUGCUACUGUCUAUGCUUUUAAAAUAACUCUUUAAAUUUUUAUUGAAUGUAUUUAUUUUGCUAGGUGAGGCACAUGUGUAACAGAGUUAGUUCUUUCCUUCUACUGUGUGAGUCCUGGCGAUGAAACUCAGGUCAUCAGGCUUGGCUACAAAUAUCUUUACCCAUUGUGCUAUCUCAGUGGCUUUAACAAAACUUUUAUUUCAAAAUAAUCACAUGUUCACAGGAGAUUGCAAAGGGAAGUCCUGUAUUCUUCAUUCAGAUUCUACUAGUUAUGUAUACAUUCACUUAUGUGUGUGGUGUGUCUAUGUAAUUGUACCAUAUCUGUAGCCUCACAUGACAACUACAAUCAAACUACAGAACUUUACCAUCACAUGGCUGUGUCAUGGUACCCCUAUAACUGUCAGAGUCAUCUAUAACUGCUAGCAAUGGCUAAUUAAUGUCUUCCUGCUGUAGUUAUGAUUUUACAAUGUUAUAUGAAUAGAAUCACACAGUAUUAUUCUUUUGAUAUUGGCCUUAGAUACUCAGCAUACUUUCCUUGUAAUGCACUCAAAUUCUUUGUGUAUAAUAAUGGUUUGUUCCUUCAUAUUGAUGUACAGUAUUCCACUGCUGUGCCUGCUAGAUUUUUUUUUAACCAUUUACCUAUUAAAGUACAUUUGGAUUUUUCCAGUUGAAGCUAUUAUAUGUAAAGAUGCUACACACAUUCAUGUACAAGUUUCUACAUGAAAUAAGCCUUAACUCUCUGAAAUAAAUUGCCCAAGAGCACAAUUGC